UCCUCUUAGUUAGUUUCUUCGCCCAUCUAUAAAUUCCGCCUCUCCCAUCACAAACUUUUACUGCAACCGUUAUUAUUUUAUUUCCCCUCCAUUAUUGAUAUAAUUAUGAUCUUAAACCCUUCAACAAUGUUCACUACAGACUACGAGCUCUUGGAAGAAAUUGGAAGAGGCCGAUUCGGCGUCGUUUCAAAGUGUAAAUCACGAUCCACCGGUGAAAUCUUCGCCGUUAAAACAAUUGAUAAAUCAUUAGUCUCCGGCGACAUAACCGACAAACAAUCACUCAUCAAUGAACCAAAAGCACUGCAACGUCUUUCUCUAUCAUCCACGUCCUCAUCCUACAUCACUCGUCUUCACGCUAAAUACGAAACCUCCUCCCACCUUCACCUUAUACUCGACUACUUCCCUUUUCCGUCCUUAUACGACGUUGUUACGCAAAACCAAAAGAUACCUGAACAAGAGAUUAAAUCUAUUACUUUCUCCCUCCUCCAAGGAAUCCUACAUUGUCACCAGAAUGGCGUUAUUCAUCGGGAUGUUAAGGCCGAUAAUGUUUUGUUUGACCCGAUUACGAAACGGGUUAAACUGUGUGAUUUUGGGUCGUGUGGGUUUUCGAAUGAACGUUUAAUGGAUGAAGUUGUGGGGACUCCCUAUUAUGUUGCGCCGGAGAUUCUAGAAGGAAAAUUCUAUGAUGAGAAAGUUGAUGUUUGGAGUGUGGGUGUCGUUUUAUAUGUAAUGCUAGCUGGGUUUCCGCCGUUUUAUGGAGAGACAGUUAAGGAGAUUUUUGAGAAGAUUGUAAGGGCUAAUUUAAGAUUUCCGACUACGGUUUUUGGGAAUUUUUCAUCUAAUGUUAAAGAUCUUUUGAGAAGAUUGCUAUGUAAAGAUGUUUCUCGAAGAUUCUCCGUUCAAGAAGCUCUGGGACACUCUUGGUUGACGUCAAGUGUAGGGCAAUCUGCGCCGACAAUGACUGGACCAGAAUUAUUAUAGUUUGAAGAGAAUGCAUAUUAUAGAUGACACUACACAUUAUAGAGUAGUAGUAGUUGAUGAUGAGGACAAAGCCAAGUGUUUUUUGUUUUCGGGUUUUUUAGGUAAAGCAAGUGUUGCUACUACGUCUUGCAUGUAGCUUUUUUCAUUUUCUGAAACUUCUAUGAAGCUUCGUGGAUGUUUCUUAGUUUUAAAUUUCGAAAGUGCUGG